GAUGUGGAUCUGAAAUGAAGUCUGCGUGUUAGUCUGUGUGUUUACAUCGUGUUUCACACGGCGUAUUUAUCGACUAACUAUUUAUGUGUUGUCCAGUAUAGCCGAUGAUGUUUUCACCACAGAAUGAACAGAAAUAUCUCGUAAUGUGACGCAGUCGUCAUAUCCGUGGAGAAGCUUGUGUUGGUUUACAAUUAUAAAUACAUUAUUCCUGACAUGUUGGUAAACUGACACCGAGGCCUGUUGGCCGCCCGCAGUAAACAAAGCGCACGGAGACUGUCAGUUGUUGUGAGAGGAGGAACUUUAGAGUUGGAGCCAUGUUAUCGGCGGAGGAGAUUCUGUGCAACACGCAGCAGGUGAUCGCUGGGCUGGAGGCGCUGAGAGGAGAGAACCGUAGUUUGCUGGACAACCUGCAGGAGACGAUGGAGAACCGGCCAGUCCCAGAGAGUGGCAGCGUGGAGCAGGAGAAGAGUGGCAUCAUCCGCCAAUCACUGGAGAGGAUAGAGCUGGGGCUGAGCGAGGCACAGGUGAUGAUGGCGUUGUCGGCCCACCUGGGUUCUCUGGAGGCAGAGAAACAGAAGCUUCGUGCUCAGGUGCGCCGUCUCUGUCAGGAGAACCAGUGGUUGAGGGAUGAGCUGGCAGGUGCUCAGCAGAGACUGCAGGACAGGGAGCAGGAGGUGGUCACCCUGGAGGAGCAGAACAGACACCUGCAGUUCAUGUCCUCCAUACGCAAAUACGACCUGGAGGAGCCGCAGCUGGAUGACAAAGACACGUCUUCCACCAAAGAGUCUCUGGAUGACCUCUUUCCUACCGAGGACGAGGAGCAAUCGCAGAUGUCACAGCCUCACCACAGCAGUGCAGCAGCCGCAGCCCAGCAGGGCGGCUACGAGAUUCCCGCCCGCCUUCGAACACUGCACAACCUGGUCAUCCAAUACGCAUCCCAGGGUCGAUACGAAGUCGCUGUGCCACUCUGCAAACAGGCUCUGGAAGACCUGGAGAAGUCCUCAGGCCACACCCACCCAGACGUAGCCACCAUGCUGAAUAUACUGGCGCUGGUGUACAGAGAUCAGAACAAAUACAAAGAAGCAGCCAACCUGCUGAACGAUGCGUUGGCAAUCAGAGAGAAAACUCUUGGUAUGGACCAUCCGGCUGUGGCAGCAACGCUCAACAACCUGGCAGUGCUUUAUGGGAAGAGAGGAAAAUACAAGGAAGCAGAGCCGCUGUGUAAAAGAGCUCUGGAGAUCAGAGAGAAAGUUUUGGGGACAGACCACCCAGAUGUGGCCAAGCAGCUGAACAACCUGGCUCUGCUGUGUCAGAACCAGGGGAAGUACCAGGAGGUUGAGCAGUACUACGAACGUGCUCUGCACAUCUACCAGAGCAAACUGGGACCAGACGACGCUAACGUGGCCAAGACCAAGAACAACCUGGCAUCAUGCUAUCUCAAGCAGGGGAAAUACAGACAAGCUGAAUCUCUCUACAAAGAAAUCCUGACCCGAGCACAUGAAAAGGAGUUUGGAUCUGUAGAAGGAGAUGGUCGUCCCAGCUGGUCCGGUGCCGAGGACAGCGGGUACGGACAGGACGGACUCAGUAACCUGAAGCGCAGCGGUUCUUUCACCAAACUCAGAGAGUCAAUACGAAGAAGCAGCGAGAAACUGGUGCGCAAGCUGAGAGGAGUUGGAAUAGAGGAAACUACGCCGAAGAAUGCUGGGAUGAAGAGGGCGAAAUCUCUGAAUGUGUUGAAUGAUCGAGCUAGAGAGAGUCAGGACGGUGCCCAGUCGAGCUGUUUAACAGAUGUGCGAGGCCUGAGCUCCAGCACACAGAGCCUGACCAGACGAGGUUCACUCGGUGGUACCAGCUAACACACACACACACACACACACACACACAACUGUUAUCUCUUACAUCAGAUGGCCUACACCAAAGUGGAGACCCCACUUUCAGUCCUAUUAAGAAAAAUGGAGAUAGUUGUCACAACUGGAGACUUUGUCAAACAAUGUAUAAACAAACAUGUUAAUUAUCCCUGAUUUAGUAAUAGCAGAUGAAUGUUUUCUUUGCCAUUGAGAACAUUUAACAGUAUAAUAAUGACAUGUUUGUCUCCGGUAAUGACAAGUGUCUCCAGAGAGUGAUAGAAUGGUGUGUCACAUCCUUGACUUAUCUAAAUUGCACUAUAACCUUUCCUUCCUGUUCACUUGAAAUGUAAUACCAUUCCUUCUUGGUUUUAGGUUAGUCCUGAUUACAAGUUUACUACUAACUUUAAAAUAUAGAAGAAGAAAAAUACACUACUUAAAGCAACACCAGCAUUUAAAAAAGUUUUCACAUUUCUAUAUUUACACCAGACGUUAACGACAGUCUUUAAUAAAUACAUUUGACAUAUUAGGUACAUUUCUAUUACCCUGGAAAAAAAUGUUACAUUAUUUAUGUUUGAAAUGUUCUAAAGACAAAGUUUUUAAAAUAAAUUCUCUUGAGAAGCACAGGGAUGUAAAGUUUUUUGCACAAUGAUCAAAACAUGAUGUUUGUCACGAGGGAGAAUUUAAGCCAUCAAGGUUAAACUGUUGAAGUUCUUAAAAUGCGUUUUGCCUUCACAAUGUGCGCGUCGAAUUACGUGAUUGUCAAAGCUAAUCAUAAAAACACAAAUGUGUUUAUUCAGCAGUUUUGCACCACAGUCCAAUUGUUCUUAUACAUGAGCAUAAGGACCAACUUAAAUAUUAAAAACACCACCUGUAUUAAAAAAACAAUGCACGACUUUAAAGACUGUAAUGUAUAUAUUUGCACAUUGUCAGUUAAUUUAUUCUUGAUCAAACUCUCAAACUGUGGUAAAUCAAUCAAUACUUGAAUGUUAAAGUACUUAAGUACACAUUUCAAUAUCCAGCAAUUAUUUAUGUGUUGCUUUGUGAGUUUUUAACACUAUACAGAAAAUAGUUUAAAACUAUCUGGAAACCCAAAGUUAUUGUUUUGAGCCUGAGUCGAUCUGAGGCCAAAGCCGAGUGACUCGACAUAAGAUGACAAAGACACUCGGUGCAGGAAUUGAACAUUUCUGACAUUUGCGCCCCUUCGUUGUAGAAUCAAAGACCAUUUUAUACCACGUGUGUUACGGCACAAUCGUAUACAAAGAAGCUAAUUGCUAUAAGUAGAACAAAUUCAGGAAAUCUGUGUAAGUUUAAAAAUGUUUCAGCAAACAAGCUUAGACAAGCCAAAUAGAAACGACCUGUCCAGAGCCAAAAGCAGACGUAUAAAGUUAGUGGCUGACCUGUGAAGACAAAACAUCGAGCGGCUAAAGCUGAAGUCCACCUGCCCCACAGCCCCACCUGGCUGACUGCAGUAUGACUGCAGGACAUACUUAAAGCACAGGUAGCCAACCUAAGUAUGUCUAUUUCAUCCAUGCUUAUUCACUGAAAUGCCUGAAAUUGACAAUUUACUGCAACUCACUAUUAUAAAUAUUAAACUAGCUUUUAAUAUGACAUGUAGAUUGCUUUUUGCUCAUUUGAAUUUGUUAUAGCAAGAAUGACUUUAACUAGUUCCUAAGACUCGAGAUCUGGUGACACGAGUACAACACUGUGUGAACAAAAAGCCCUUCAUGUUGAUACACGGACAGAGCAUUAAUUAACUAUUUUGUACGCACUCACUAAACCUUCAGGAAUGUGCAAAGAUACGGACACAUCCAGUAUACAAGUGCUGCUCGGAAACCUCGGCUCACUGAAAAUGACGUUCCCACCUGAUCCUCGUGGAUUUUAUUCCACAAAACUCUUCUUAAAGCUUACUUCCAUUUUCCCCUCAAACAUACUGUAUAACCUUUUUUUCCAUGGAGAACUACCGAUUAUAGAUUUGCUGUAGUAGAAGAAGUCGCUGCUGUUCGAUCUAAGGGCUGAGAUCGCACGUUAGUAACUGUAGAAUCUACAAUCUUGUAAGAAUGUUGCAAAUAAAAUGGGAAAACAAAUAUCUAGAAAGUGGAUGAUGUAUCUCCUGAUGCUGUGUUUAUUCUGGUAAAUAUUAAUGUUUGUAUUUUAUAUUCGCAAACUUGAGCUGAAAUAAAUUGCAAUAAAAUGU